ACUACAUACUUAAGAGGCAAAUUUAAGUUUAUUUGUCAAUACUGAAGAUGCCGCCAUCUGAUGAAAAUGCUAGUGGAAAAGUAUUGAAGAUUGGGACAAGGAAAAGUCCAUUAGCAAUGUUGCAAACUGAAUGGAUAGUAGGAGAACUGAAAAAGUUGGACAAAAGUCUGGAUAUUGAAAUCGUUCCGAUGGCAACUAUUGGUGAUAAAAUUCUCGACAAGCCUCUACCCAAGACAGGAGAAAAAAGUUUGUUCACAAAAGAACUUGAAGUUGCUCUUGCUGAUGACCAAGUACACCUCGUUGUAAACUCAAUGAAAGAUAUGCCUUCAACUCUUCCUCCUAAUCUGACUAUAUCUGCAGUUUCAAAGAGGGUAGAUCCACAUGAUGCAGUCGUAAUGCACCCAAAACACAAAGGAAAGAGGCUUGAUGAUCUUGAUGAUGGAAGUGUCAUUGGAACCAGUUCAUUGAGACGUAUUGCUCAGUUGAAAAGGAAAUAUCCCAACUUAAAGUUUAAAAGUGUUCGAGGAAAUUUAAACACAAGAUUGCGAAAACUUGAUGAAGCGAAUGACUAUGACGCUCUUAUUCUUGCUGCUGCCGGUUUGAUCAGAAUGGGAUGGGAGAACAGAAUUUCCUACACAUUAGAUACUGAUGACUGCCUGUAUGCUGUUGGUCAAGGUGCCCUAGCUGUUGAAACAAGAUCAGAUGACUUUCGAACAAUUGAUAUUGUAUCAAAAUUACACGAUACUGAUACAGUCAUCAGAUGUAUUGCGGAAAGAGCAUUUUUAAGAACUCUGGAAGGUGGUUGUUCUGUACCAACUGCUGUCGAAACUUAUAUUAAAGAUAAAGAGUUAUAUAUGAAAGCUGGUGUUUAUAGUUUGGAUGGAUCAGAAGCAUUAAUUGAGAAAAUGCAAACAACACUGGUUCCGGAUGAAGACUGGGAUAAAAUGAUCAGAGCACAGGACAAAUCUGAAAAUUGUGAAUUUGCAAGUAUUACGAUCAGUUAUCAUUUCAUCAGUCCAUUUCUGUUGAAGACAGCUGGUCAUCUUGGAAGAGAUAUAGCUCAAUUGCUACUGAACAGAGGAGCCAGGAGAAUAUUGGAUGAAGCUAGACGUCAAAAUGAAAUGAGCAAUGAUUUGUGAUACGGCAUUUGGGUUGACAAAGUUUAUCACAGCGAGUAGCAAAAUUUGGUCUUAUGCCAACCUGGGAUGUCACUUAAUACCUUGCAGUUUCCAUUGAAAAAAUAAGUAUUGGUUAUUCUAGAACUUUUGUAUGUUCCUUCAACACUGCGACCUCUUUUAUGUGUUCAAAGCAUAUUUUGACAACGGUCCCAUUGUUCUAAGGCCUAAGCAAUAUUAUUCAUUCGCUUUAUUUAUAAAUAUAGCAGCAAUGUAUAGUAAUACAUGGUCCAUGUAUCUGGAACUAAUAACUGGUUAACUAUUCCCAUACCAGGCAAACAGAUGAGAAGCUGUGUUUUGCCAUAUGUUUAGGCUGUCGCAUCGCCUGUCCUCAGAUAUUCAGUUUAUCAAAAUCAUACCCUGCCUUCAGCCUACAAAUAAUUUCAGCUGAUUCAGCUCCUACUUCAUUAUAUAGAUUAGCACCAUACUUAGUGGUAUUGCACCCAAAUUUGGUGGUACUUUGUUUUAAGUGCCAAACCAAUGUUCUAGCGCAAAAAGUAGUGGUUGAAACUUAAAUGUUAAUAUAUAUUUAAUUGUCUUUGUUUAUUUACUCUGUUCGAUCAACACAAUUAAAAAUGUUUUGCAGUUUCGUAUUUUUUGAAACUUAUUACAAAAUUUGUUUUGUCUAUAAAUGCCUUUAUCUCGGUUAAUUGCUAGCUGUUUGUGCUAACUCCUUUUGUGAUGAUUACGCUAUUAAUAAAUAUGACACAUGAUGUA